AUGGGGUGCGCCGGCUCCAAGGAGUCGCGGCGCCGCGACCUCCGCCGCAGGCUCUCGCCGCUCCGCCGCAGCCUCUCCGGCGAGACCCACGUCGUCGCGCUCACCUCCUCCACCCUCGGCUCCCUCAAGCUCGACGCGAGCGUCGAAGGAACGGGCGGCGAGGAGAGCGCGGGCGAGCGCAAUGCGGCGGGGCUCGUAAAGGCGAAGGCUUGGACCGUGCGCACGCCCACGGAGACCCCGCCGAACGAGCCCGAGAGCAUCGACGCGUGGGAGCUCAUGGCGGGGCUGGAGGACACCACCACGCCCCUCCGACGCUCUCCUCCCUCCGCCGCCCCGGAGCUCGAGCGCCACUCCUUCUCCUUCCCCGCGACGACGACCCGAGCGGCCGAACCGAGACCCAGCUCCGAAUUGAGCAAUGGCUCCGCGUUCGCCAUUGAGUUCGACGCACAAGUGUUAUCCACCUUCCGAAGAGCCCUCGAGGAGCUCUCCCCGCAACACCCCUCCCUCCUCCUCCGCUCUCCCCCCAACCACGAUCAAACCAUCCGAAGCAACAGCGGCACCAACACCGCGCAGUUCACAAGGAGCGCACCGACCGCGAAGGCGGUGCUGUACUUCACGAGCCUUCGCGGCGUCCGCAAGACGUUCGAGGAUUGCUGCUCCGUGAGGACGAUACUCAAGGACUACGGCGUGCGCGUGGACGAGAGGGACGUGUCCAUGCACGGGGGGUUCAAGGAGGAAUUGCGUCGAACACUUGGCGGGUGCCAUUUGCCGAGCCUGUUCGCGCGGGGUCGGUACGUGGGAGGGGCGGAGGAGGUGAAGCAGAUGCACGAGAGCGGGGAGUUGGGGGCGGUGUUGGAGGGGUGUGAGAGGGCGGCGGCGGCAGCGGAGGAGGAGGAGGAGUGGGAGAGCAACAGGGGAGGGCCAUGCGAGGGGUGCGGAGACGUGAGGUUCGUGCUUUGUGGGAGGUGCUCGGGGAGUUGUAAGGUGUAUGCAGAGGAUGAGGAGGAGGAGGAGGAAGAAGGUGAAGAAGAAGAGGCCAUUAAUGGAGGGUUUCGGAGGUGCCCCGAGUGCAACGAGAAUGGAAUAGUAAGGUGCCCUGUUUGCUGCUAAAGGAUGGGAGGGUGACGAUGGGAUCACCGUCGUUUCCUUGCUUUGAGAUCCGAGCUGGUGGAUUGAUGAACAGCAUUGAUAUUUUCCUCACCGCGAGUGCAUUUCGUAUACUUAUUAUAUUUGUUUUCUAUUAAAUUAAAUUAAACUUGUUUCUUUUGAUUUUAUUUUAGUGUGUGUUGAAAUUGAUUAAGCUGUGUUGUAUAGUUUGAUGAGGACAAAAAUUUUAUGAAUAUAGUUUCCAAACUAAUU